AUGCAGGCGAUAUUUAGACACGAUGCACAUGGCUCCAAGGUCCCAGCAAAAUUCGCAAGAUUUCUGUUCCAGUUAAGACACGCUUUGACAAACAGCGCCAAGGCCAUUCCCAAAGACGGCGUGAAAAAAUUCAUUUUCAUCUCUCAAUCGACCGACAUUUACGUCAACUUGGCCCUAGAACAUUGGCUUUAUCGUAACAGCGAUUUGAGCAAGCAGCACGUUUUACUACUUUGGAGGAGCGAUCCUUGCGUCGUCAUUGGACGACAUCAGAAUCCUUGGAUCGAAUGCAAUAUCCCAGUCAUCGAAUCGAGCCAAAUUGCCGUGGCUAGGCGUAAUAGCGGCGGUGGUGCGGUGUACCACGACAUUGGCAAUCUCAACCUAUCGUUCUUCACGCCGAGAGAGCGUUACGACAGAACGUACAACUUGAACAUAAUUAAACGAGCUUUAUUUCGGGAGUGGAAUUUAGAAAGCAUUAUCAACAAGAAGGAUGACAUAAUUGUCGAGGGAAAAUUUAAAGUAUCCGGCACAGCUGCUAAAUUAGGGCAUCCCAACGCCUAUCAUCAUUGUACAUUGUUGGUAAAUGUCAAUAAGGAGACGCUGAGUUUGGCACUCGACAACACUUAUGAGGGAAUAGCUACAAAUGCAACGAAAUCCGCUCCAUCUCCGAUAAGAAAUCUAACGGAAAUGAACUGCCACGUUGAAAUGGAUCGGUUAUUAAGUGCAAUUGGUUGGGAAUAUCUUCGCGGCGAGACCAUGACGUUGCACGACGAACACGGGCAAAAAUUCUUGGGGCCGCAACAGCGAGGUUUUCAAAUGCUAAAUCCCACGGAAGACUGGUUCCCCGGGAUUGAAAAAAUUCUCGAGGAAUUUCGGGGCUGGGAUUGGAUUUACGGCAAGUCACCGACAUUCACUGUCACUCGUAUUCUAUCUCGUGCACGAGACUCGUUCGUUAUUUCGAGGGACGACAUUCGUCCCCAAAAACUUGUGAUUAGCGUUGAGAAGGGCAUUGUGCAAGACGCCACGUUAACUUCAUUGCCUUCAAAUGUCAGCCAAUACGAGAGUCUAAUUGCAAAUCUAAGUGGUAAGCGCUUUAGUUACGGGCUGGUCAAUAAUACCGUCAGAGCUCUACGGCCUGUAAACUUUUAAGGUCUCGACGCGGCCAUUAAUACGGACGACCUUGUCCACGUGUUAUCGGUGCUUUUACUAUCUUUAUGUCCUAUUAAACGAGCUUAAAUU